AUGACCAGAAUCGUUGAUGGCGGCGAAAAAUCGCAGCAGAUGUGGCUGCAUCGAAGGCGAACAACGCUUAAUUUGCUGGGUCUCUUCUUGCUAUUCAGUUUGGCCCUGAAGGUUUUGCUAUUUGGUUUUCAUUAUAAGGGCGUCACUCAGUUGCUAUGUGAUUUGAGAAAUGGGGGGGUUUAUUCCAGUAACCGCUAUGCUGAGAAAUCCAACCGAAAGACUAGCUUAUUGGGACCUUGGAAGAACUCAGAAAUAAGAAAAGAUGGCAAUGGUGAUGAUACUAGUGAAGAAGAAGAAGAAGAAGUUGAUGUAUUGGCAUUGCGGAAACUGGUCAAGAUUGAGAAGGAGAGGGCCAAUACUGCUAAUUUGGAACUUGAGAAGGAGAGGAUGGCAGCCACCACUGCUGCCCAUGAGGCAAUGGCGAUGAUUUUGUGCCUUCAAAACGAGAAAAGCUUGAUUGAAAUGAAAGCCAAUCAGUACCGUAGGUUGGCCGAGGAAAAGCAGCUUCAUGAUCAGGAAGUGAUUCAAUCAUUGAGAUGGAUUGUGAUGAAGCAUGAAUCUGAAAGGAGUCUUUUGGAACACCAAUUGAGUUCUUACAGGCGAAGAUUGAAGCUACUCACCAAGGGUGGUGACGAAGGGGAUGAAUCCCGUUGUAUCAAUCAUGAAUCCCUCAGUUUUUUCAAUUUCACCAUUGAGGAUAGUCCUGCUGAUGCACUAAUUAGCUCACUUGACACGGAUUCAUCACAGCAGCAUAAGUUCCAACUUUGAUAUUGGCUUCUCUUCUACCAAGUUUAAAUGGGCAAAGUCGCACAUUUUUCCCCCUUAAUAUCGCGACGUUAUGCUGUCAUCUACCACUAUGCUACAACUCUCCGCGACAAUGAAUCUCUAAAAAUUGUAGCAAAAUAACCAAUUAAAAAGGUGUUACUCUGGAUUUGUGCUUUGAUGAUGGUACAGUUUGCAGGUCCUUGUAGAACUGAGAAUGUAUCAAUAUCAAUCGAUCUCUCAUGCUAAUGCAAGGCUUGGAAGUUUACUGCAACCCAUGUUUCAUAUGUUGAUUGAUUUUGCAUUUCAUACUUUCCUGUACAUUGUUGAGUAUGAUACAGCAUGAUAAUUCAAGGUGGCAGACAGACAGACAGACACCUUUCCUAAAGAGCGUUGGUAAGAGUUGGCACAAUGAAAUUAGUGGCAUUAUUGUUAUCAUCAUCUUGUAUGUGGCAUUAGAUUUAGAUUAGGUUGAAUGAAAAGACCAUUCCUUUUCCCUGGUUCCACCUCUUCCUCAAAGGUCACCAUCUACAAACAUUUGGGGAAUAUUUUAUAGCCUCUCUAUUUAAUGUAGUCACAAGAUCUUUUAGGAAGACUUUUGUUGUGUGUGGGUGGGGGGGCGUCUGUAU